AUGGCGGAUCACUACUCGGCGUGGACGACCUCCGGUGCCGCUCGUCAUCCGCUCCUCUCCUGUGCGCUCAUGGCUCUCGUUAGUUUUGUGGCUGCAGGACCCAUGGUGCUGGCCGACGCCAUCGUCUUCCACGUGGCGAACAAAUGCCCGUUCCCGGUGUGGCCGGCGUCCGCCCCCAACACCGGGCACCCGGUGCUCGCGGGCGGCGGCUUCUACGUCCCUCCGGGCAAGUCGAGGCACGUCGUCGCGCCGGCCACCUGGAACGGCCGCUUCUGGGCCCGCACCGGGUGCAACUUCACCGCGAACGGCAUGGGCGCCGCGGGCUGCCUCACCGGCGACUGCGAGGGCCGGCUCGCCUGCAACGGGUCCGUGGGCGCCCCGCCCGCCACGCUCGUCGAGGUGAGCCUGCACGAGGACCCCGCCAAGGGGAGCUCCUACGACGUGAGCCUGGUGGACGGGUACAACCUCCCCGUGGCCGUCUCCGCCAAGCCCGGCACGGGCGGCGCCGACCCGAACAAGUGCGCCAUCGCCGGCUGCGCCAAGAACGUGAACGCGGUGUGCCCGCCGGAGCUGCAGGUGACCGCUACCGGCAGCGGCGGCGGCAAGACGGUGGUGGCGUGCAAGAGCGCGUGCCUCGCGUUCGGGCUCGACGCCUUCUGCUGCCGCGGCGCGUACGCGACGCCGGCGACGUGCCGAGGCACCGUGUACUCGCGCCUCUUCAAGGACGCCUGCCCGGCAUACUACAGCUACGCGUACGACACCACCGCCGCAACGGCGAGCGGGUGCUACGCGCAGGAGUACGUCAUCACUUUCUGCCCGUCCAGAUGGGGCGACGAGCCAGGUGAUCGUGCUGGUGCUGGUGCUGCUCAGAUUUGA